AUGUGGGUUAAACCUCAAGAAGUUUUCUUGAAAACUGCGAUGUGGGAUACUGAUGAAACGACAUUAUAUUUCGUUCUUCAAAGAAGAAAAGGACAUGAGAAAUCGAAGGGGUUCUACUCGGUUUUAGUGGGUACUUUAGACAGUGUUCGUGACACUAAGCCAGCGCCGUAUAGAAUUCUACAUCAAACUCCUAACUCUGAAAUAUAUUAUGUGAUUGCCACGGCUGUAACUGAACCUGAGAUACGUCAGGACUGGUUAUGGCUGUUUGAAAAUAUAUGUCCAACACUGCAUUUAUUUGACACCGAAGAAGAAGUCACUGCCUUUGUUUGCUGUAAAAUUAACUCCAUCAUUGCAACAGAACAGGAGAAUUUAACAGAAGAGGAAGACACCGUCACAUUAAAAAAUGUCGAAUUUCACGAAAAAUUUAGAAUGCCGAAAGAUGAGAAGCUGGUUUGUUAUUACUCCUGCAGUUACUGGAAAGGCAAAAUGCCUAGACAAGGAUGGAUGUAUCUUUCAGUACACUAUAUGUGCUUUUACUCAUAUAUAUUUGGACGCAAAACAUCUAUAAAGAUCCGAUGGGCAGAUGUCACAGAACUUGCGAAAACUAAUAGUAUUCUGUUCCCUGAUUCUAUAAAAGUAGUGACAAGAGAUGGAGAACACUAUUUCACGCUGUUCCUAAGAAAAAACGAGACCUUCGCUUUGAUGCAACAGCUUGCCAAUAUUGCUAUGAAGCAGUUAAUAGAUGACAAGUCGGGAAGCUUCAAUAUUGAUAAGGAUCUAUUAACGAAACUAAGCAAAAACGUACCAAAGAAACCUUCCUUCCUUAAGAGAGACUUAGAUGCUAGAAAACAGUCCAACUUAUUUACAUUAAGGUUCAGAUUACCACAGAAUGAAAAGUUGGAUGGCUCAGAAGAAUGUACUUUAUGGACACCCUACAAUAAGAGACAUAAUUGGGGAAGACUGUAUUUGUCGCAAAACUUUAUUUGUUUUGACAGCCGGGUCUCAAAUCUAGUCCGUCUUACUAUACCUUUACGAAACGUUCAUCAAGUAGAACGUGCUGACUCUGGAGGAACAGCUAGCUCGUCAGGCGAUUCUGGAAGCAUCCUCAUAACCACUGCACACCACACAAGUUUCCUCUUCGGCAGUAUAUCUGACAGAGACUUCCUGGUGCACAAGAUUUCAGAACUCCUUGCCAAGUUACCAAAUGAUGUGUACAGGGAGAAGUCUACGAAGGCGUUGCAGCGCACCGAAGUAGAGGGAUGGUCGCCUCAGCCCCCUCUCAUGACGCUCUUCAAAACGCACCAGACUUCACCUAUCAGGCAGAUACAACUGAAAAAAGAAAAACAAUGGGAAGACCACAUGGCUGAAGUGGGUCGUGGUGUCAGUAUGUACCAAACCACAGAAGGAAGCGAACUGGUCGUUAACGGCCUUCCUGAAUCACUGCGUGGAGAGCUAUGGAGCGUUUUCUCAGGUUCAACAUUGCAGAAGACACAGAACAAAGGCUUAUAUAAAAAGCAUGUUGAUGAGGCGCUGUCUUCGAAGAAUCAAGCAAACGACGAGAUUGAAAGGGAUCUGCAUAGGUCCUUGCCAGAACAUAUGGCCUUUCAGAAUGAUGUUGGCAUCUCAGCUCUCCGUCGCGUGCUAUGCGCCUACGCACUGAAGAACCCGACAAUUGGAUAUUGUCAGGCAAUGAACAUAGUGGCAUCAGUACUCCUUAUAUAUUGUCCUGAAGAGCAAGCCUUCUGGUUGCUAGCAACCAUCUGUGAAACCUUGUUACCAGAUUACUAUAACACAAGAGUUGUUGGAGCCUUGGUGGAUCAAGGGGUCCUAGAAGAACUAACGGAGGCUCACUUACCUGAGCUCCACGCUAAGCUGGACGAACUGGGCAUGAUGAAGAUGAUCUCCUUAUCUUGGUUUCUGACUCUCUUCAUCAGCGUGAUGCCAUACGAGUGCGCUGUUAAUGUCAUGGACUGCUUUUUCUACGACGGUGCUAAAGUUAUAUUUCAGGUGACAUUGACAAUACUUGACAUAAAUAGCGAAAAGCUACUCAAAUGCACAGAAGACGGGCAGGCGAUGCAAGUUCUUAAUGACUACCUACAAGGCAUCUACAAUGAAGAAGCUAUGGCAUUGUCUACGGAGCCUAGGACUGCUGAAAAAACAAUAAAAAUUCAAGAGCUGAUCUACCAGUCAUACCGGACAUUUGGGACCAGCGUGAGCAGUGAGAACAUCGAGCACCUGCGACUGAAGCACCGACUGAGGGUGGUCAGGCAACUGGAAGAUAGCCUUGAGAAGCAUACGCUCCGAGCUCUGCAGCAGGACAAUUUGCUCGACCCUAACGAGUUGCAGGAGCUAUUGAGUGCCAUUCGGGAAGAACUUUUGUGGGCCAAGCGAGUACCGUGCGAGCGGUUGGAGGCUCCUUACGAAGCGUACAGACUUGACUUCUCACAAUUUAAAACUUUAUUCAGUGCACUGUCACCUUGGGCCAAAGGAGAUUUCGCUGAGGCCAUCACAGCUAGGAUGUUCAAACUGGUGGACGUGGACGACGACGGCGUGGUGAGCGCGCGCUCGCUGUCGGUGGCGCUGGGGCUGAGCUGCCGCGCCGACGCGCCGCGCCGCCUGCGCGCGCUGUUCGCGUGCCACGCGCCGCCGCUGCUGCCGCGCCGCGACCUCGUGCCCACGCACUUCACCGACACCGGCGAGGAGCUCGCCGCCGACGCCAUAUCCUUCUUUGACAGUUUAGAGGAAGAAACUUCUACACCGGAAGCGUCGGCAGUAGCCAUGCACAGGUCUAUAAGUGAUGUUUGUGGCGACGGUGGUCAAAUGGACAAAAGAAAUUAUGAGAGCAGCCAAUAUUGCGGCGCGAUGGGCGCGAUGGGCGCGAUGGGCGCGGGCGUGUCGGCGGAGAGCGUGCGCGCGUGCGCGUGGAGCGGGCUGGCGUCGGGCGGCAGCACGCCGGCCGCGCCGCCGCUGGCGCCGCCGCUGCCGCGCGACCACUUCCUGCAGCUGCUCGCCGUGCUGCACGACCUCACGCAGCGCGACCCCGUUGUCUACGAGGCCGUCGUCCUGGCCGGUACACUUCUAUUACAACUGGGUGAACUGAACCAUCGCCCAUUGUUAGAUCGCGAGAUAUCGCAAGACAGCCUUUUCCUGGCCGCCGCUGCUAAGCAACCUGUAGUACAGUUGGACCCUAACGGCAACGCAACAGAAGCCGAACAAGAAAGCCCAAAGCCCUCGCCAUCCAAAGAAACAGAACCAGAAGGCGUAUGGUCGAUAACUUUAGAACAAUUUCUAGCUACGAUGCUGGCCCAGCCCGCCUUGGAAGAGUUCUUCAACAAACAGGUGUCUAUACUGCCACAACUUGAGGUCUUAAGGCAAAGAGAUAGCGUAUCAUAG